UGCCGGUACACGUUUUGUUCGGAACCAACCGCACAGGGGUUUGGACCAAUAUAUUUUAGGCUCCAAGCUUUGAUUUCCCCCCCUUCAUUAGAUCCAGGGUCAUUGAGGUAGUUUAAUCAUGGCAAGACAACGAGUUUUUUUCGAUUUAGAAGCAGACGGAAGACCACUGGGAAGGAUUAUCAUGGAGCUCCGGGGUGAUGUUGUUCCAAAGACUGCAGAAAACUUCCGUGCUUUGUGCACUGGUGAAAAAGGCUUUGGGUACAAAGGUUCUACAUUCCACAGGGUCAUUCCAGGUUUCAUGUGCCAGGGUGGGGACUUCACAAACCAUAAUGGAACUGGGGGCAAGUCUAUUUAUGGCAACAAGUUUGCCGAUGAGAACUUCACCCUGAAGCACACAGGACGUGGUAUAUUAUCAAUGGCUAAUGCAGGGCCGAACACCAAUGGCUCCCAGUUUUUCAUCUGCACUGUUGAGACUCAGUGGUUGGAUGGAAAACAUGUUGUGUUUGGUUCUGUGGUGGACGGAUUGGACGUCAUUUCCAAGGUAGAAUCAUAUGGCAGUCAAAGUGGCAAACCCAGUAAGAUAGUCAAAAUCGGCAACUGUGGACAGCUUUGAGUUAACCAAUCCAGCUUCCUGAUGUGAUGAAUUCCUGACAUACCCUUGCCUUCCCCAGAUGCAUCCCCUUGGUACCAUUGUCCCAAAUAUUUAGCUGCAUUUUGUGACAGUUGAAUUUGUUUUUUUUUUCAGUCUGUGUAGACUGCAGGAUUGUUUAUAAGACAACUUGACAAAUUAAA